CUGCCGGCAUGUCUUUAUGAACAAUGACAACAAUAUUCUUUUCCUGCAUUGAUUCAGAAGAAAUUGAUCCACAAGAAUCUCCUUUUCAGCCUAGAGAUGGGCAAAACAUACCUUUGUUUGGGAAACCAAAAGAAAUCGGUCAUUUUUCAAUAGAUGCCAGACGAAAAAUUCAUUUCGAUAAAAGUCAAAUGAAAUAUUUGAUACCGCUUUUGAAAAUGCGAGGUUUAUAUCUUGAUUUAAAUGUGAACUUUUCAACUGAUGUGUCCCAUAACUAUGUGGCUAUUAGCAAAAUGUACCAAACUUUAUACUGGUUGAAACACCAUAAACAUGUGUUAAAACCAAGAUUAACAGAAACAUCCAUGAAUGCGUCUAAUAUAGAUUUUGUAACAGGCAGAGGAACAUUGGCUUUAAUUAGUUGCACUCCAUACAUAAAAGAAUGUUUCCGAAAUCAAUGGGAAGUAUGUGCAUCAAAAUAUAAUGGCAUAAUUUAUUUUGCACUUAUCGAUUCCGAUACUGAUAUAGCUGAAAAUGAGAAUGCAUCAGAGCAACAGCAGAGGUUCCAAUCUUGGGGGUACAAAUUUGAACAGUACAUUACAACAGACCAUAUUGAUGGAGACCCAGAUUUGUCCUCAACAACACAUCAAUUAGAAGAAUAUUGUGUUAUAUUGAAAAGUGUUUUAAAUAAACAUAAUUUACUAUAUAAGGCUGAAAUGGAUGCUGUUAUACCUUAUCGAAAGAUUAUUGAUGGUAAUGGUGAUACCUCCUGUUACACUGAAAUAAAAACAAGUAGAAUUAGAACAACAGCAGUUGGCGAAUAUCAUUUUCAUAAAUACAAAACAAUUCUGUGGUGGGCUCAAUCAUUUUUUGCUGGAAUUUCAGAAGUUGUAUGUGGGAAUAGAACAAAUCAUGGUAUUGUUAAAUCAAUUGAUGUAUAUCGAGUCAGUUCCUUUCCAGAAGAAGCUGGGGGCUUAUGGUCUCCAGAUGUCUGCUUAAACUUCUGUGAUAAAUUUUUGACCUAUCUUAAAAGAAUUGUGAUUGAAGAUGAUUAUAAUGUUGUUUACAAAUUGAGUUACAAAUCGGGAGAUAUUAUAUAUUGUUCGAAACUAGUCAAUCCGGAAAAUAGAUAUAAAAUUAUUCCCGACUGGUAUGUAAAGGCAGAGGAAGAAUGAUACAUGUUAUUUGUAUAUGGAGCUUCUAGAAGAGCAUACAUCAUUUGAAGAUACCUAAAAAGUUUUUACAUUGUAUGACUAUACUGUAUAUCAGUACUCAGAUGUUUAUUUUAUAAUAAGAUUUUAUUCUGUUAAUAAAAUAUAAG